AUGUCAUCACAGUCAGCCAAUUGCAAUGGAACAGAGUACACAGAUGUCAUCAUCAUUGGAAAUGGUCCAUCUGCGAUCUGUCUGUCCUACUUCCUGUCUGGACACCGGCCGUAUUACAAUGGGAACCCCCACUCUAACACAUACCUCCACUCCAAGUUACAGGAGAUUGGAACCUCCCAGUCAAUAGUGGACCAGGACCUUGACUAUCUGUCUGAGGGUCUGGAAGGACGUACUUCAAACCCGGUGGCUCUGUUGUUUGAUGCCCUUGUCCACCCUGAUGCUGAUAUGGGGUCAGAGAUACCCUCCCUUUUGGAUUGGAACAAGGAAGAGGAACAUGCCUUCAGGCACAUUGCUUUAGGGCGUGGCAAAGUGGGAGGGGCUUGGCAGAAAAUGGAUGGGAGUAUGCAGACACUGAGCCUGGGAAAUUGGAUGGAGUUGCCAUCCGUUCCACUGAAGGAGUGGCGUGAUCGUAAAUUCAGGGAAGGGGAAUCUCUUGAUCCUUGUAGUAACAGAGCCACCAUAUCAGAUGUGAGGAAUUACUAUGUGGACUAUGUGGCUAACCUUGACCUUCAGAAACACUUUUAUGAUCAUCACACUGUCACCUCAAUUCAGAAAGUGUACCACUUAAGCAAUUGUAUGGACCUGGAAAGUGGUGAGGUAGAACCAUGCUGUAAAAACAUUGCCAAGAAUCACUCCUACCUGUGGGAAGUCCGAGGUUACAUCAGUUCUGUUGACCAGUCCAUCGAGGAUGAGGAGGAUGUGCACCGUAAGGAGUUUUGUAUCCAAGCACCACAUGUUGUGGUGGCCACUGGGACAUUUGACAUUCCAAACAGACUUAACAUACCUGGAGAACUAUUACCACACGUUAUUCAUUCUCUUCACGAUUUUGAAUCUGCGCUGAAAUGUCGUACGGAGAUCCCCAGCUCAUCUGAUGACCCAGUUUUAAUUGUUGGCGCAGGAUUAAGUGCUGCAGAUGCCAUUCUCAUGGCUUUGGAUGCAAACCUGCCUGUGAUUCAUGUUUUUAGAAGAGGAGCAAAUGACUCAAACUUAAUUUUUAAGAAACUGCCACAGGGUCUGUACCCUGAGUACCACAGAAUCCACUCACUGAUGAAGGGAAAAGUUGUUGACCCUCUGUACAGACCAUAUGAGAAGCAUCGCUUGGUGCAGAUCGACGACGAUAAACGGGUUUUGUUGGAAAAUACCAAAGGAAACGAUAUCACUACUGUUGAUGUCACAUUUGCAGUCAUCUUGAUUGGUUCUCGUCCCAAUUUAUCAUUUCUUCCUGAGGAAGGAAGAAGCCUAGGGGUGGAUCCUCAAUAUCCCAUUAACAGCAAGAACAAUGUCCUGGAUGUCAACAUGUUCUCCUAUGAGUCGGUCAAGCAUAAAGGCCUGUUCUCCAUGGGACCAUUGGUAGGGGAUAACUUUGUUAGGUUUGGUAUUGGAGGUGCUCUAGGAAUCACAAACUACCUCAUUAAAAAUAGAAAGAAGGGAAUUCCUUGCUGUUAAAAUUGAAUAUGAUAAUAUGUCUUGAAAUGAUUGUAUCUACUGAAUGGGA